AGUAGUAUAUGAGAGGAUAACAAGAAGCCAGCGGAUCCGAGUUGCUGUUACGAGCCUUGUCAAAGCGACGGCGAGGAAGAAGAAGAAGAAGAAGCUCAAACUCAAACUUGCAGUCAUUUUUUCUUGGAGGACUCUCAGCAGCUUUUCACCAGAGACGGAUAUUAUUUUGUUUUUGUUUUGUUUUUCUUCUUCUUUUAAUGGAGGAACCGGCGGGUUGGAGUUAGUCUCUCGCUCUCUCUCUUUCUGCUGUCCGUGGAUUAACACACACACACACACAGAGAGACUCACACACACAUUGAAGAGGAGUCGACUCGAAAAAUUAUUAUAAGUGUGAAAUUGUGGAUUACUCUCCUGCAGCAAAGGAUUUAUUUUUGUGUGCUUUUUUGACUUUUUUUUAACGAGCUGCUUGUUUACGAGUUUGUGCAUAACAUAAACUCGGAAUUCAGUAAACCAGGACCAAGACACUUGUUGAAACAUAAUAAUACCGAGGAAAAACAAACCCUUUGCACAACUACAGCCAUGCUAACAGUAGUAGCUUAAAGACUUGGGGUUGGAGGGGGGGCGGGGGGUAUAACUAACUACUUUACUAGGAAACAAUUAAGCUAAAAAAUCUCUCAUUAUAAUUAUUAUAUCACAACUUUAACUUGUAAACAUGUCUUGGUAGAUGUUUUAACCGAGUUUGACAACAGAGUGCGUUUGUCGCGAUGGCAACAGUGACAGCAGCAGCUUAGCUAACGUUCGGCUAGCUGUUAGCUGCUAGUAGCUGCUAGCCGCUACUCCCGUUCACUUCCAUUAUAACACUAGCAUUUGACAGCUAGCAUUGUGUUAGCAUUGUGUUAGCAUUAUGUUAACAUCAGAUUCAAACAAGUGGUUCUCGCUGGAAGAUAAUGUCAAUAUGAAGUUAUAUAUAUAUAGUGGAGUUAACUUCUUUUAAAGCAAAGCGCCACUUUCAUUGAAGGUUAUUAAAGUUAACCUAGAAGCAGUGAUAGUUUAUAAACGCUUUAUUUUAGUGUUUUUUCCUUCUUAUUAAAGAGAGUUAGCUUAGCUUAGCUUCGUUAGCUCAGUUCAGCAAAGUUGACUGAUUUAACAACAUUUUACAGCCUUAUUAGUGAUGUGUGUGUGAUAUGUAUUUUAAUCUCUGAUGGAUUCAAUGAGAGACUUUGAACAAUAAGACUGACACCACACAAGCAAGCAAAGUCUUCCACUUUUUUUUUUUUUUUUUUUUUUGCUUUCGUCCUUCCUCCUCCUCUUCCUCCUUCCUUCUUCAAAGUUAGCUGAAGUUGUUAAAAAAGAAAAAAACUGCAGCCCGCACCAUGUCCGGCUCCCCAGGCACAGGUGGCUCAAACCCCAGGAAGUUCAGCGAGAAGAUAGCUCUGCACAACCAGAAGCAAGCAGAGGAGACACGGGCCUUUGAACAGCUGAUGACAGAUCUCACUGUGUCAAGGGUGCAGUUUCAGAAGAUCCAGCAGCUUCGUCUGUCUCAGUCUCGGGCUCCGUACUACGGAGGCUCUCUGCCCAACGUCAAUCAGAUCGGCAACGCCAGCGUUGAAUUUCAGGGUGGCUUUCCUUCAGGGUUGGACUCUGUCAGAGGGACCCGCCACCAUGGACUGGUCGAGAGGGUCCACAGGGACCGCACCCGCAUCAACUCUCCCCAUCGCCGACCCAUCGACAAGCACGGACGGCAGAUGGAGAGCUCUCCGUAUGGAACGGUGUACCUGUCCCCACCUCCGGACAACAACUGGAGAAGGGAACAGCAGCCAUGGACUGAGGAAAAACGGCCGGGGUUUAGAUUAAUAUCACAACUCAACAGGCUGGCAUGCAGCUAGUGUAAACGAGGCAGAGGUGGAUGGUUCUGGAGAUGUCUUCUCUUUUCCCACCCUGUCGAACGAGGAGAGCCUAUUAGGUGUCAAUAAGCCCCUUCCCAAGCAGCUGUGGGAAGCCAAGAAGGUCCAGACUCUGGCAUCAAGGCCUAAAUCCUGUGAAGUGCCUGGAAUCAACAUAUUCCCGUCUCCGGAGCAGAACCCCAGUCUGUCCCACUACCAGAGCUCGUUAAAUACAGGCGGCUCGCUGCCCGACCUCAGCAACCUGCACUUCCCCUCCCCCCUCUCCACACCGCUGGACCCAGAUGACAAUGGAGGGUACCCCAAUCUCAGCGGGGGCAGCAGCACCGGGAACCUGCCGGCCGCCAUGAUGCACCUCGGCAUCGGGAACUCACAGGGUCUCUCUUCCUCUCUGAGCAACCCUUCAAUCCAGGCGUCCCUCAACAACUGCCAACUGCAGUCAUCGCUCAGCAAUCCCAUCUACUCGUCCCUGCGCAUGUCCAGCAACUCCCCUCGGAGACGGCCAGCUCCCAUCAGCCCCCUCACCCUGUCUCCCGGUGCCGAGCAGCGUAGGGGUCUCGCCAAGCAGCUGUCUCCCACAUGUCACCCUCCGCUGUCCCCCAUCACACAGGGAGUUGCUUUGGAUACCAGCAACAUGCCAAGGGAGCCGCCCCCGCCAUAUCCGCUCUACCAACAAUCCCAGCAUGCAGUGGACCAGGGCCGACAGUGCCAGCAUCAGCACCAGCAGCAGCAGCAGCAGCAGCAGCAGCACCACCAGCAGCAGCAACAGCCUGUUUCUCCUCUUCAGAGCAUCCAGCUGGACUUCAACGUAAGCCAACACAACAACAUGGCGACGCUGUUCAACGACCCCUUCAUGGAGCAACAGUUCUCCAAUCGUCAGAACAAGACCCAGGCCUAUCAGUUGGACCAGUUCAGCCUGUUGGAAAACGCCAUGAGCUCCUCGGUGGGGGGUUCUUGCUUCGAUCCUUCCUCCUCCUCCUCUUCUCUCUACUACUCCCAGGCGGCCCUCGCUGGGCUGGGUGGUAGCCACGGAAACCUGCAGGACCCGAUGCACAUGAGGUCCAACAUGUUGUACUCCAACUGCAGCGGAGGACUGCCCAACAUCAUACUCACCGAUGACUCCAACCCUAGUCUGUCAAAGGACAUCAGCAGCGCCCUGUCGACGGUGCCUGAAUGUUUUGACUCGGAGGGAGGCUUCCCGCUGGAGGACGAGCUCCGCAUCGAGCCUCUCAGCCUGGACGGUCUGAGCAUGCUCAGCGAUCCCGACAUGGUGCUGCCGGACCCGUCGGUGGAGGAUAGUUUCCGUAGUGACAGACUCUGAGCCUGACGAGCGUCACUGGAAACAAGAAAGAGACUUUUUUUUUUGUUGUUUUUUCUUUUUCCUUCACACACACACACACACACACACACCUACACACACACACACACACGGAUUUGCAGUGUAUAGAGUGUACAAAUCUGAAUAUGCAUGCAAACGUUUUUUUUUGUUUUUUUUUCUAUAGGGCCACUGUGCAUGCAUCCACUGCCACUAAAGGUUCAUUAAAUGUGAAAGACACCACAUGCACAACACAGUCAUGCACACACACUUUCUUAAAAAAAAAAGAGAAAAAAAGGAGGAGACUUGUGAACAAACAUAUUUCUAACAAUCAUAUUUCUUAAAAUAUCACUUUUUUUUUUAAAACAAGGCGGAUCAAUGCAGUUUGUGGUUUUAAAAAGAAAUCAGCUCUGAGAACUCUUGCACCAAACUCCAGGCUGCGUCCCCCCCGCCUCUCCUCCUCCUCCAAAAACCCCCCCAAAAAAAGGAAAGACCCCUUGAAAAUGAAACAUGCGAGGCAAUCCAGAUCCAGCGAGGAGCCCCAAGUCAUCCUCCUGCUUCUCUCUCUCUCUCUCUAUCUAUCUAUCUUUUUCUCUCUUUUUUCCCUCUCAUCACCAGCUCACAGCCCUCCCAGAAGCCAUGGUAACCUUGUCGCCUUGGUUACGCACCAUCCAUAGCAACCAUCAUCACAUUAUUGCUGAGGAGGAGCAGCAGCAGAAAAUGCCAGCACACAAAUUUUUUUUUUUUUUGUACUUUUUCUUCUUCGCAGCUCUACAAGCGACGGAGGAAAGAGCUCACACAGCUGGGAGCGGUGAUUGCAACAUCUGGCGGCAAAGUUUGUUAAAAAAAAAAAGAAAAAGAAGAAGCCAGCUGUGCCCCCGUGUGGUUACUUCAGGCUCUCGAACAAUCAUGGUAGAAAUGAAGACUUUAGAGGGAUCGGAAGCUUUUUUUUUUUUUUUUUUUUUUGUGUGUGUGUUUUAAAUUUAUUUUCUUUUACAUACGAGUAUCAGAUUAUUUUUAAAAAGAGAUGUUUGCCACAGAUAUAUAAAUUUCAGUCUGAUUUAGAAUGUAUUUUCUAACUAGAGACAAAAUAUAUUAAAAAAAAGGGCAAACUGUUUACAAAAAGAUGAGAUUUUAAUAAGUAAAUAUUACUAAAGAGUAUAGAUUUUUGUUGAAUUUCUAAUUAAAGAAAUAAAAUUCUAAAGAUGUGCAGAAUAAAUGCUAUAUUUUUUUCCUUGUGAUUUGGAUGGACUCUCCCCCCUUCCUUCCUUCCUUCCUUCCUCCCCCCCCCCCCCUCUUCUCUUCUUUUCUCUCCUCUCUUCGGACACAGAUGAGUCGGCUGUGAUUUCUUCUGGCAGCACUGGGACAGCGUACAAAUCCAUUUAAAAGAAGAAAAAAGAAAAAAAAACAUACAAAACAAGAAAAGAAAAAAAACGAACUUAACAUUUUUUGACAUGUUUUGUUUUUUUGUUGUUUUUAAAGAUACUUCUAUGUACAUUCAUUGCAUAUUUUACUUUUUUGUACUGAAUUGUAAUGGCGCUUGUACUGUACUUCAAAAAAAAAAAUCUUGUUGUGAAUAAGGGCAUGCGCUGUGCUACUGUGGAUCGAUUUAUGCCCCCCCCCCCCCAAGUAUCUGUUUGCAUCCGGCUUUCUGUCCUCGUGUUGCGGCAGUACGUUAACCCUUACCUUCCCCUCGCCCCUCCCCCCCCUCCGCCUCCCACUCUCUCUCUCUAUGGCUGCAAAGUCAAAGUGACUCAUCCAGAGAGGAGCAGACUGUAAACAUGUGGACAUCGGACAUCAUGUAACAUUGCACUUAACCUCUUUUUUGCACUAAUUGGUUCACAUUGUGAUAUAUUUUAUUUUUUAACCCCUGCUAAGACUGUUUUUUUCUUUUUUUUCUUGUUACCCGAUGAUCCCAAAGAAGCUGAACGAAGCCAUUAUAAAGAAAAAGUGAGACUUUAUAUGUGACUAUGUAUGUUAUAGUCAGUGCACAUACACACAUUUCAAAUUAUACCAGCAGCAGGUGUUACAAAAUAUCAAAUAUAAAUAUAAAUAUAUAUAUAUUUUCUGGGCUUUGAUCAUGUAGUCCUAUAGAAAUGUAUUUUGUAAUGAGCUCAUUUAAAGUUGAUUAUGUAAUGAUUGGACAUUUUUAGGGUUUGAAGUUUCCCCUUAAUUGUCUUAAUCAAAAUACAGUUACUGCAAUUUUUAAAAAAGAGCUAUUUUUUGAUAUGUCUAUAAAGAUUUGGAGCAAUGUUCUAACGUUUCUCUUUUUAGCUAUGCAACUUUUUUCUUUUUCUUUUGUCCAUUGAUUGAGUGAAACCUGUUGAACAGGACGCAACUUAACUUGUACGUUAUGCAGUGUAACACAGCUUUUUUUAGGGGUCUCUAAAUGUUUUGUUCUACACACAAUGUGGGUGGGGGGGGGGGGGGGGGGGGGGUCAAAUUGAGAUUUCUAAAAAAGGUAAAAAAAAAACAUCAAUAUUACAUGUGUCCAGUGUCCACAGUGACCCGUCAAUCAAUCAGAAGAAGUCGGAGAACAAGAGCGUCUGUUUGGUUUUGCAGGUGGAAGAAAAAAAAACGCUGCAUGGCACUGUGUCGUUUAUUUUACUUUGUUUUUUUGGUUUUUUUAACUUUAUCACUCAGAAGGUGUCAAACCUGCACUGUGUGUGUGUUCGCUGCAGGUUGUUUCUGAAGCGUAUGAAAGAGAUUCUCAGUGUGAUUAUUUGUCCAAAAAAUAGAAAAAAAGAAAAGAAAAAUGUGCAAAAUGAAGAGGGAGGGGAGGGGCGGGGGGGUGUUAGGGGGGGAUCACGAGGUUGUUGUUGUUGUUGUUUAUUUUUUUUAAUAAAGAGUUUAUAUUCAGCAGUUAUUACGUUUUUACCUGCUCUUGUUUUAAAUCUGUGGGGAGAGAGCGAUGGAGCCACUUUGCAGUUUAAUUUCCCACCUCUCUCUCUCUCUCUCUUUUUUUUCCCGUCUGAAUGCAUCUUGAUAUGUAUUCGAUUAUCUAUCUACCUGCCCCCCCCCUCCUCCUCCUGCUCUUCCUCCUCCUUCGGCCUGUUUCUUCCUGCUGUCUAAACGCCUGCCUUCUGCUGCCUUACGUUGUUGUAUUUUGACUUUUCAUAUUCCAGCAAAGUAAUAAAACUUCACUUUUUAGCUUUUUAGUUCUGUUUGGUACAAAACUGCUCGUGGUUCUUUUUUUUUCUUUUUCUUUGUCACUUAGUCUCAUUGUUUUCUUUUUUUUUUUUUUUGCAUAUUAAAAGAUGUACAGUUCUGUUAUUUAAAGAAUGUUUAUGUCCACUAGUGUUACUACUUUUUUUUUUUUUUCCCUUUUUGUAAUUUCAUUUGAGCUUUUUUGUUUUGUUUUGUUUUUUUCCUCCGAAGAUAUAAAAUUUUCUUGGU